UUCAUUCUUGGAUUGGAUCUCCAAAGUCAUGAAUGGGAGUCAGCACAUCUGGAUCCUCAAUGGCAUUUCCAUCAUGCUGACAUCCGGAGCUCUGGCGGGUUCCCUUCUCCAAAAUGUGGCAUGGAAGAAAGAAGCUGUCCAGUCUUCACAAGGCAACUGGGCUGCUGCCGGCCGGGCAGUUGACGGGAACACAGACGGGAGAUUUCACAAGGGGUCCUGUACCAGCACCGAAGAAGAGUCGGAUCCUUGGUGGAGGGUGGACUUACAGAAUGCGUACAAAAUUAAUGCUAUAACGAUAACCCAGAGCGAUUCAAGUGAGAACUUGCUGAUUGGUGGUGAAAUCUGGAUUGGAAACUCAAUAGAAGCCAACGACACCAAGAACGUCAGGUGUGCGGUCAUCGCCGACAUCCCGGCUGGACUCACGUUCCACUUUUCAUUCAACGCCAUAGAGGGACGCUACGUCACUGUGCGUCUCCCGGGAGUCCUGAAGACUCUCCGUCUCUGCGAAGUUGAGGUGUUCCCCACCGACUAUGGAGCACCAGAUUUAGUAUACCUAUUUAGUAUCAAUGGAUACAUCAGAGAUGGUCUGGAACCAGGCCUAACUGUCUGGAGUUAUUCUUAUCUUAGACAUUGUUCUUCUGUAAAUACCCCCUCAUACCAUGGAUGGCCACGCUUGAUGCACCGUUACGAUGACGGACAGUUUGGAAUCAAACCUAACCAAUCGGUCCGUUUCUGUUUUCAAGUGCAUCCUCUCCCCAAUGUGGCCAUGAAAGGAGGCGCCGCCCAGUCAUCGACGCUCCCGUUCGCCGCCGCCUCCAGAGCCGUCGACGGGAGACGGGACUCGUUCUACAGCGCCGGGUUCUGCAGCCACACCGCCGAGAACGAGGCCGGUCCCUGGUGGAGGGUGGACCUGCGGCGAACACACAUCGUCAGAUUUGUUAAGGUCACGAAUAGAGGGGACUGCUGUGCCGAGAGACUGGAUGGGGCCGAGAUCCGGAUCGGGAACUCGCUGGAGAACAACGGGAACAACAACCCCAGGUGUGCUUCCAUUUCCCACAUCAGAGCAGGUAAAACCAACACGUACCACUGCGCUGGAGGCAGCAUGGACGGCCGCUUCGUGAACGUGGUCAUCCCCGGAGAGAGAAAGACCCUCACCCUGUGCGAAGUGGAGGUGUAUGCCACCCCGACAGGCCAGUCGUGGGGUUUGUCCAUCUUCGGGGGGUCCCAUCAUGCCGUCGGUGGGUGUCGAAGUGGACAAUAUUGGGGCAUAUGCUGCAGCGAAACCUUCCUUCAGGUCAAACCCUGGUGGCAUCUAGACUUGUUAGCCGUGCACAAGUUCAGUGCUGUCCGCAUCCUCAACAGGCGCGACUGUUGCGCCACUUGGCUCAACGACGCAGAGAUCCGGAUCGGCAACUCCGAUUCGCGCUAUCGUACCACAAACCCCCGAUGUGGCUCUAUCUCCUCAACGGGGGACACGUCAACGUUCACCUUAGAUUGUGCAGGCAUGGAAGGUCGCUACGUCGCAGUUGUCAUUCCGAAAUUUGGCAUGUUGACAAUGUGUGAAUUCGAGGCGUUCGCUUCUCUGGCAGAGCCGGCCGCCGCUCCCUUGGCGCCCCCGGCCCCCGCGGCUCCGCCUCCUCCCUCUGAGAGCGUGCUGCUGAACGGCAGGCACGUGACGGUGGUGUCGGCGAGGCUCUGCUGGUCCGACGCUCUGCUCUUCUGCAGACGUCACCACUGGGACCUGCUCAGCCUUCGCAGCCGGGGGGAGCAGAGCGAGGUGGGGCGGCUGCUGAGCAGCGCCGCUUUCCCCCUCACGGACCACGUCUGGCUGGGGUUGCGCAGAUACCUGAUGCGGGACAUGUGGUUCUGGGUAUCCGGCGACGCCAUGAGAUUCACCGCGUGGCCUCGGGACGCAGCCCCUCACCGGUACGCUCAGCCCUGUGGAGGCGUGGCCAGAGGAGAGCACUUGCAGUGGGAGGACCAGCCUUGUGACAGGCGCCUCAACUUCCUCUGCCAAUCAGGUGCCGAGUGGGGAGCACAAAAGGUGUAUUUCCAAGCCACGCGUCCCGAGUGA